AUGCUGUCGGUGAUCAAGGCCGAUACAGCGGGAUCGCGUCGCCUCCUGGCUCCGGUCCACCGUGGCCCAUCCGCUAACGAGAGCCCCCCUUGCGUGACACACCUCCUUCACAGACCCGCCAAUGGGGUUAGUCGCUCAAGCGAAUAGCUGGCUGAUGCUGGGGGCCCAUGAUGCUGACCUGUUGGCUGUCGCCCCCCGCUCGUCGUCGUACAGAGAUCCGCUUCUCGGCGACGCGUAAACGCCCCUACUUCUACUGCCCGACCACGUCCGAGUCCGUGUGGGAAGCCCCGCCUGCUUUGACCCCGGAGAAGAUCUCAACCCUCCCUGGCGCGCACCAUCUCGCGUACGAACCCCCACCACCUGCGGGUGCCGCCUCGCCCUCGACUAAUGCCAGUGCCAGUGCGAGCGCCGCCCCCACCUCGGCCACGGCGGCGCAUGCUCCUACCGCCGCCGCCGCCCCUGCUGCUGCUCCUGCCACCCAGCAAGCGGCUGCAGCAGCCUCCAAGCAGCAAGCUCCGGUCGAUCCCAAUGCGGCCCCAAUCAAAGUCCGCGCAUCGCAUCUCUUGAUCAAGUCCGAAAAGUCGCGUCGCCCAUCGUCGUGGCGACAGCUGCACAUCACCCGCACCGUCGGCCAGGCGCGUGAGAUCCUGCAGACGCACCAACAGAACCUCCAGGCCGCCGAGGAUCUUCCCAAACAGUUCGCCAGGGUCGCCAAGGCCGAGAGCGACUGCAGUUCGGCAAGGGAAGGCGGCGAUUUGGGUCAGUCUCGCUUUCUAUGACGGCCAUCGCGCUGUCGCUCGAAGGCACAGGACCGAUACUGAAGAGCUUUCGCGUCUUCUCCUUUUCCCUGUAGGCUUCUUUGGUCGUCAGCAGAUGCAGAAACCUUUCGAGGAGGCCGCCUUUGCCCUCAAGGUGGGCGAGAUGAGUCCGAUCAGUGAGUGCUUGAAUACGCUUGGUGUCGAAAUUCGGUAUCCUGACAAGGUUCCUCGUCACUUUCAGUUCAAACCGACUCAGGUCUGCAUCUUAUCCUUCGAACGGCUUGAGCACGGCAACGCGAUCGACGACAGGGACAUUCGAGCCGCCCCUUGA